AUGACAUAUCGAGGAAGCAGUAAUGGUGUAAACGUGAUGGGCGAAAAUGACGAUGGAAUAUUUAUGGAACGUCGUAAUGAUGCCCUGGUUGAGAAGCUCUCCGGGAAGGUGGCUGCAUUAAAGAAGAUAACAAUAGCAAUUGGUGAUGAUGUACGAGAACAAAAUCGUUUGUUAAAUGAAAUGGAAACGGAUUUCGAUGCGUCGAAGGGUUUGCUUAGUUUAACGAUGCGGAAAUUGGAUCGAGUUGCAAAAGCUGGUGGCAAACAUUUGACAUGUUAUCUUGUCUUAUUUGCAUUAUUUGUUUUCUUGAUAAUUUAUUAUUUAAUUCGUUAG